AUGUCCGACGUCGAUCCUGUCACCGAAUUUCAAAAUCAACGAACCGCCUUCCUCUCAUGGUUUGGAGAACAAUCCCGUCUUAUCAGACAUCAACCGAAGUCCGACACCAUUGCAGAAGUGAAAGUCAACUUCCGUGACCAUGGCAGCGAAUACCUCAAUCGAAUGAUGAGAGCUGCGAUUGUGAUGGCAACAGAGGCAAGCGACCAUAUCUGCGUGACAGCAAAACCACCUGGUUUUUACAAUGUGGAAGUUCCGAAAAUGUGCGCUGCGCUUCAGCUAAGGCUGCCCCAACUGGCCGCGAGACUUGGUAUCAACCCUAAAUGCGACAUGUGUGUUCAUUUCAUUAUUGAGAAUAUUCUGGUGGAGCCGGGGUUUUAG